AUGACUACCACUCCUGCACUCAAAGACACUAAGCUAUUCAAAUCAAUCAAGGUUGGAAACAUCGAGCUUGAAAACAGACUUGUUCAUGCUCCUACUACUAGAUAUCGUGCUACUAAGGACAACGUUCCUACCGACUCUUUGCUCACCUACUACGAACAAAGAGCAGAGAACAACGGAGGUCUGUUGAUCUCUGAAGGAACCUAUGGAGCCGAUAACUGGGGGUUGCACAAUAACGUCCCUGAAAUUAAGACUCCUGCACAGGUUGAGGGCUGGAGACAGGUUGUCGAGGCCGUUCACAACAAGGGCUCUUUCUUCGCAAUUCAAUUGUGGAAUAUGGGUAGAGCCGCCGACCCAAAGCUCAAUAAGGAAAGAGGACUGCCAUUUGUUGCUCCAUCCGCGCUCUACUUUGACGAAGAGAGCGAGAAAGCCGCCAAGGAGGCUGGAAACGAGGUUCGUGCUUUGACCAUUCCCGAAAUCGAGGCAUACGUCAAGGAGUUCGGCGCCGCAGCUAAGAGAGUGGUUCACGAAGCCAAGGCAGACUUUGCCGAGAUCCACGGAGCUCAGGGAUAUCUCCUUGAUGAAUUCAACCAGGCCGAGGCAAACGAGAGAACAGACAAGUACGGAGGCUCUAUUGAGAACCGUGCGCGGUUCUUACUCGAGUCCAUCGACGCCGCUAUUGACGCCGUGGGAGCAGAACACGUUGCUGUUAGAUUAUCUCCAUACGCCACAUUCCAAGGUAUCAAGGGAGUUGAUUCGUCGUGCCACCCGAUUGCCUUUUUCGGCUACGUCCUGAGUGAGCUCGAGAAAAGAGCCAAUGAGGGAAAACGGUUGGCCUACGUUUCCGUGGUGGAGCCUCGUGUCAGCGGAAACGCUGAUAGCAAGGAUACCAGAGAAUUCAACACUUCGUGGAUCAGAGAGAUCUGGAAAGGUGUCAUGAUUAAGUCUGGCGCUUACUUGAACGAGAAUUACAAGUUUUUGCAACAGGAUGUUGAAUCUGACGACCAGUUGCUGAUUGGUGCUUCAAGAUACUACACCUCGAACCCAGACUUGGCUGACAGGCUUAGAAACGGAUGGAAGCUCAACAAGUACGAGAGAUCGCUGUUUUACAAGGUGUUUUCGAACGAGGGUUACAUCACCUUUCCGAAAUACGGCGAGGAGGCUUCCAAGUACAAAUACCUGGAGACAGUUACGCCUAAACCUUUGGCUUAG